AUGUCGCAAACUAAUAAAAGACCUAAAAAAAUUCUUACUGCAAACCAAAAAUAUGAUAUUUGUAUUAAAAAACAAUCUAUUCCUACUCCUUCUAACAAAGAAUUGGCAUUAGAAUAUUCUGUUG